AUGGCUCCAAUCAGCUUCAAAGUGAAUCCCGAGUUCGCCCAGAUCUCGGAGCUAGUCCCUCGACUGUUCAUCUGCGGAGUCAGUGCCCUUUCCCCCGCCAACAUGAAGGCCUUCAAGAUAUCACUCAUUGUUAAUGCCACGAAGGAAGUGCCCAAUCUGAAGUCGUUAGGCGAGAUUCAGCGAAUGAAGUUGUGGGUGGACGAUACCACGGACGAGGACCUCUUCCCCCACUUUGACAUCGUAGCCGACCAAAUCCAUGCCGUCAUCCAGGACGGAGGCAACGUGUUAGUCCAUUGUGUAGCGGGUGUUUCGCGAAGUGCGUCCAUCUGCUUGGCCUACCUCACCAAGUAUUACUUUAGGUCGUUGAGAGCGGCUUACCACUUGAUGUGCUCCAAACGACCAAUGGUACGACCCAACCUCGGCUUCUGGAGACAACUGAUCCACUACGAACAGGUUGGUCUUUGCCUUUUUUACUUAUCAUUGCCUUGUUUGGAAAUAUCUUUCUGUUGCAAUUUGAUUUAUUGUUUUUAAGAGUUUAGCUAGAUGAGUAGAAAUUUAAUUUUUUAGUGGUCAAAAAAUACCUAGAAGGUUAAAAAUUUUAUUGAAAAUCGGGCUUAAAAAAUUAAAACUAUAUUUUAAACUUCUCUUUGAUUACUUGUACCCUAUAACCUUAUUGUUUAUCACUUGACCUAUCUAUGGUUUAUAUUAUCUUGUAAAAAUCAAACUUUUGCCCUUUACUUGAUCAAAGCAAUAACAAUAUAUUUUCAGUUGAUCAAAGGAAACGCUGGAUCAGUUCGAAUUGUCAGAGACGAAGCUCAGCCAGACAAACUCCUACCAGACGUGUACCUAAAGAACGUCAUCCCUGAAAGAGUGCCAAGCCCGGACCGUGCCGAGAAAUUGGACGAAACGCGGGAACGACAACAUUCUGGAGCCCGACCCAAGUUCCGACCGGUCUUGGAGCCACUCACAGAGAUUGCUGAAGCCGCUGCUUAA